UAAAAUGUGUCUGAAGGCAAAUUUGACAGUAGAAAAUGGUAGAAAUUUAGAGGAAAACAUUUUUGUUGAAUUCUCUACUUGCUUGAAAUAUCUAGAAUGACAGGUGUAAAUUCACUCCUAACAUUUACUUUGAUCUUUGUUGCAUGGUGUUUGGCUAGAACCUAUUGAAUCUAAAGAUUAAUCAGAUCCUAAUAUGAGCUGCAAUCUCUUAUUUUUCAUCUAUUAUGUAACUAUAGAAGAGAUUUUAAGGGUUGUAAAGAAAUUGUUUAUUGAUCUUUAAUUUGAGUAAGUUUUGUUUCAGCAUAUGAUGGAAGAAAAUGUCAGCUGUGUUACGUACACAUUAAAGAAUGUAAGCUGUGUAUCUGGUCACAAGAUAUCAUCAACAGUGCCCCACAACCACUAGAAAGCUGCCAGUAGGCCUACUUUGACCGAGUGCGAGAAACGAAUGCAUUAUCUUCUCCUCCCACGAGUAUCCGUUUAUACUUCAUCCAAUAAAAAGAACAAACAAGUUAUAAAUAUAAAAUUAUUUCCUAGGCAAUAAAUGCAUAGCGAAACUCGGCAACGAACUGGUUUCUUAGUGGUUUCUAGUCAAAUCAAGGACGAAGAAAGAAAAAAAAAAAAGAAAACAUUAAGCUCCUUGUAUUUUCUUAUCAUUUGUCUGGGUGCUAUUAUUUUCCUAUUUACUUUUAGCCAAAACCCAAAACUAAAUCUACUGUUCUUUACCCCAGAAGAUGUCAACUUCUUUCAACUUCACGAUUGUCCACAUGCGAUCAUUCAAUCUCAACUUCGGUCAUCUUUGAAUCUUCUCCUCACUUUUGUCAGCCACUCAUUUUUCAGCGGGUCGAACUUAAAAGGGGACCACGUAGCACGUACACAGCGAAUCUUAAAGUUCAAUUCCUUACGCAGUCGACGGUCAGUUGUUGUUUCGAAGUGGAUCCGAGUGGAUGCUAUUUAGAGAACGGCGUUGAAUACCCCGUAGCUCGACAUGUUAUCACAGGUGACCGGGUCGCUGAGUUUGUGGGCGUCAAUUCCGUCCUUUCUCGCCACCUAUCUCUACUACAGCAUGUUCGAAAAUAGCAAUCCGGAAGGAUUUGUCACCGAUGUUACCUCGUUUUUGACGGAAUAUGAUUUCAUCGUCAUUGGAGCCGGGUCUGCUGGUGCGGUGGUGGCCAACCGGCUCAGCGAAGUGUCGGAUUGGAACGUUUUGCUGCUGGAGGCAGGAGGAGAUGAGCCAAUGGUUGCCGAUAUUCCCGGAACCGCUGCUUUCCUCCAACGAAGCAACGUUGAUUGGAAUUACAAGACCGUUCCUCAAACUCGAGCCUGUCUUUCCAUCGAAGGCCAUAGGUGUUUAUGGCCAAGAGGUAAAGUUCUCGGUGGUUCGUCCGUCCUCAAUUACAUGAUGUACAUUAGAGGCAACAAAAAAGAUUAUGACGAAUGGAGUAAAGAGAAUCCUGGAUGGUCCUACGACGAUGUAUUGCCGUACUUCAUCAAGUCGGAAGACAACCGGAACCCGUACGUAGCGGCCAAUACAAAAUACCACGGAACGGGUGGCUAUUUGACAGUCCAAGAGCCACCGUACAAGACGCCAUUGGUCACAGCUUUCAUUGAAGGAGGCGUCGAGAUGGGAUACCAACAUGUUGAUCCUAACGCGCAUCAGCAAAUAGGUUUCACCAGUGUGCAAGGAACGAUUCGCAGGGGAGCGCGAUGCUCCACGGCCAAAGCAUUUCUUCGGCCAGUGCGCAAACGCUCAAAUCUUCACAUUUCAAUGCAUUCGCAUGUCCAUAAGAUCAUCAUCGACCCGGUAACCAAGCAAACGACUGCUGUCCGCUUCGAAAAGAAAGGCAAAAUUUACCAAAUCAAAGUUAACAAGGAAGUUGUCGUCUCGGCUGGAGCCAUCAACAGUCCGCAAGUGUUGAUGUUGAGCGGAGUGGGUCUAGCAGAUCAUCUGAAAUCAUUCGGAAUUCCUCUGAUUGCCGACCUGGCUGUUGGCGACAAUCUUCAAGACCACCCUGAAAUUAUGGGCAUGGUCUUUAACGUCGAUAAGCCUUACGGGAUGAUGGAAACACGGUACUAUAAUUUACCAACGAUUCUCAAUUAUACCCUCAACUCCAAUGGGCCCAUGUCCAUGUUGGGCGGAUGCGAGGGUCUUGGUUGGAUUAAAUCGAAAUACGCACCAACUGAGGACGAUGAUUGGCCGGAUCUUGGACUCACUUUUCUCUCCGGAACUGCCGCAUCCGAAAGCGGCGGAAUCCUGCGUCACAACUUUGGUUUCACUGAUGAAAUUUGGGAUAGCUAUUUCAAGCCGUUAGUCAAUACGGACAUGUUGCAGUUUCAUCUUUGGCUACUUCGCCCUCUGUCGAGGGGAACCAUACGGUUGUCUUCAUCCGAUCCUUACACUCCUCCUCUGAUCGAUCCAAAUUAUUUCAGCGAAACAGCGGAUAUGGACACUAUCAUCGAAUCUUUGAAAUUCGCCUUAGCUUUGGUCAAAACAACAGCGUUCAAAAAAUUGGGGACGAAAUUCUACGACAAGAUAUUCCCAGGCUGUGAAGGCUACACCCCGUGGACGGAUGAUUAUUGGCGCUGUUUCGUCCGUUACACUUCAUCCACCGGAUACCAUCCGUCUGGAUCGUGCAAGAUGGGCCCGUCCACAGAUACAAAAGCUGUCGUCGAUCAUCAAUUGAAAGUUCAUGGGAUCAAGGGUUUGAGAGUGGCUGACUGUUCCAUCAUGCCAGUGAUAGUGUCGGGCAAUACUAACGCUCCAGCGAUUAUGAUUGGAGAGAAAGUCUCGGACAUGAUUAAAGAAUCUUGGCUGAAAAUAAAAAAGGAAAAGAAGGAAGAUGUUUCUCAGCUCAAAGAAGAGACUUUGCUUGUUGAAGAAAAUGAAAAAGAGAAGCAAGAUUAACACUAUUUAUAUUAUGACCAUACAUUAUCAUAAAUUAUCUCGUAAUAAAUUAUUAUAAUUUUCUA